AUGAAGUUCUCGUCGAUCAUACUCUCCCUGGCAGCCCUGAGCUCCGCCGCUCCCAACUCACCACCCCCGACUACAGAUCCCGAGGCAGCAGCUGCCCUGAGAAUCCGCAGCCACCAAGCAACAUAUCAGAAGUACAUACAAGAGACCAUCAAGACACGCAAGACGGGAUGUACAUCGAAAAAUAUCGUCAAGCGUAGGGAGUGGGGAAAGCUUUCCAAGCUCGAACGUCUUGACUACAUCAAUGCAGUAUAUUGUCUGCACAGAAAGCCAGCUCAAACUCCGAGAGAGGCAGUCCCAGGGGCUCGGACACGCUACGACGACUUCGUCGGCGCUCAUAUCGCGGAGACUCUUAACAUCCACUUGGGGGGCCGCUUCCUCGGUUUCCACCGUUACUUCAUCUGGCUCUACGAGAAAGCCCUCCGCGAAGAGUGCGGCUACCGCGGCUACCUGCCCUACUGGGACUGGACCAUCUCGUGGGAAGACCCUCGCAAAUCCACCGUCUUCGACGGCUCGCCCUUCUCCCUCGGCGGCAACGGCGCCUCCAUCCCUCACGGCCCUUUACACUGGAAGGCCCUCGGUCUCCCGGACCUCUACCUCCCUCCCGCCACUGGAGGCGGCUGCAUCUCAUCCGGCCCCUUUCAAGCGUCCACAUGGACCAUCAACCUCGGCCCAGUCUCCAACCUGCCCGCCGGCCCCGACGAGGGGCUCGGGUACAACCCGCGCUGUCUGCAGCGCGACUUGAGUCUGGAGUACAGCGCGCUGGCGGGCCGGCCGUCAGUGGUGGCGCAUUUGUUGGAGACGUGUACAGAUCUCCAGUGCUGGGAUAACGAGCUCCAGGGUCCCAACGGCACGCAUUUUGCGGGCCACGCGACGGUGGGGAUGAUGAUGUUUGAUGCGUACGCCAGUCCCGUCGAUCCGAGCUUUUGGUUGCAUCAUGCGCAGGUUGAUCGCAUGUGGACGAUUUGGCAGAAUAAGGAGAAUCAGGAGGCGAGGAGGGGGAUGACUUCGAUGACGGAGACGCCGCUUAAUAACCCCCCUAGCCCGCCGGUAACGCUGAACACGACGGUUGAGUUUGGCGCGCUCACUUCCAGCAAGAAGGUGAAGGAACUCGUGUCAACGGUGGAUGGACCAUUUUGUUACAUAUAUGAAUGA